AUGCGGAUUAGAUUUUUUCAUGUUAUGCUUGCAGAUAGUCAAAGGAAAGAAAAAAGUACAAUUAUUCACCAUUAUUCUCCACUCAAAGAAUUAAUCAAAUUAAAUUUUGAUGGCUCAUUAGCUUUUUAUCAGGCGAUGGCUUCAGAUCGUCUCGAAUCGGUAAUUAAAUUUGUCGCCUAUUCAUUUUCAAGCAGUGUUGAUGACGGCGCCGAACGAACUGUUAUAACUAGACAAUAUGCUAUGCUUCGCUUCCGUGUUAUUGAAAGAAAAUGGAUAUCAAAAGCACAUGUUGAAAUAUUUUGCUUGACAGAAAUGUUGAAUGUCAAUAAGCUUAUUUUAUCUACAUGGCUUCAUAUUUGA